AUGGCCCCGAACGAACGAGAAGGCCAUUCAGACCGCGAACUGGUCCUCAAGAGCCAUCGACACCACAACUCCAUCUCAGAAGCCGGCCGCCUCCAUAUCCCUAUGUGGGAUAGCGCCGACCCGGAGAGAGCACCUCCACCUCUACCGUUGAAUCCAGGCUCUAACAGCCCCGCAACACGGGCAAAUGCUUCCGCAUCAAUUCAGGCUGCUGCUGCUGCCCUGGUAGAGAAAAGUUAUGAAAACACGCCGAGUUCAUACACAGUGAACCCAAUGCCGCUCAAACCUUCACCCGAAAAAUCUCUUGUGAAGGGACAAUAUCACAAGCGGAUGCAAUCCUUGCAGAACACAACGACAAAUAGCCGAGAAUUCGCUUCCUAUCUUGAGAGGAGGUCGCCAGAGAAGGCACAUCGCGUCGGUGUCUAUGAACCGGAGAAUAAAACCCCAGAAAAAAGGCAAAGUCGAGCAAGUACAUCUACUCCACCCGGACGUGAAUCGCCAACUCAUCGCCCAUCGAGCCGUUAUUUAUCCAAGCCCAUUCUCGGUGAGAAUACGCCGCCAUCUGCCACCAUGCUUGCGCUUCAAAAUAUGCAAAUCCCGAUCGAAAUCGAUUUACCAGCAAGCGUCCUCUCCAGCAGCACAAACCAAGCUCCAAAACAACAACAUCAACAGCAUCAACAACAUCAACAGCACCAGCAGCACCAGCAGCACCAGCAGCAUCCGCAGAGUAUCGAAGCCCUCUCCGCUCAGAUUAUCAGUUUGACUAGCAUUGCAACGUCGUUGCAGCAGGAAAUGGCACAACUAAGUCGCAGGAGCAAGGAUAAUGCUACCGAUCUUGUCAGCCUUAAAGCUGCAACUAAUGCACGAGAUGAGGACAUUCGAAAAAGCCUAAAAGAGCUGGCUACAAAUUUGUCGUCUAAACUUCUCGAAGCAGAAUCUAGUGUCCGCUCAUAUGCGCAACCUGGGAGCAGCCCGUUUAUGAUCGAAAAUAAAGAUACCUCUCCAUGCUCCAGGAAGAGCUACACACUUCCACGCAUUCCAAGUCCCAGCAGUUUCGCUGCAGCCAUGGAACGAGAGUUGGCAGGGUCACCAGCAAUCUCCACAGAUGGCUCCGCGAGCAUAGCGCUCCUGGAAAAGGUCCUAAGAGAAAUGGCGACAAAGGAAGGCCAGGAACAGCUACUUCAACUUGUCGAAGGGAUGAAGUCCAAUCCUGCCGACAAAAAUACAGAUGGCCCAAUGCUCAAAAUGUUGGAGGAAAUUUUGAAUGUGGUUAAAGAAAGUCCAAACAGCCGUGCCCUUGUACGGUCGAAAGCGACCGGUAGUACUCCGUUUGAUGGCUCCGGUGAAGUAUCUGGCCAGUUUGCGAAUACCCAUGAUAGAGGCGGUUCACCCCAACCGCCGAACGCUUUAGCAGAAGACGUGCUCGCUAUCCUCAAACGUGUCAAAGCCAGCGUAACAGAAGGCGGAGGAAUUACGAAUGAGGUUAAAGCACUCGUUCGCGAGUUACGGGGUGAGGUCCUAGGGAUGGGAAGGGACAUUGCACGUAAACUCGAAGAAGCUGAAGCAAGACGAGAUUCAAAUGACGACGGGCCAGCCUUUCCUAGUAAGGAAGAGAUUGAACAAAUCGUUGAAGGCGGGCUCGUGGAAUUAAGGCAGCAAAUGCAGCAGGUGAUUCACGAAAGUCAGCAUCGACCAACACCACCUCCGGUGCAGUGCAGUCUUGAUAACCAAGUAAUUUAUUCCACUUUGCAAAGAGCUCUCGAAGAGAGCCCUCUUGCAAAUCGGCCGCCUCCAGAGCCUGCGAAAAAUGGAAUAGAGCGAGAUGAAAUCCUGGAGGCUGUGCGGGAGGCUUGGGAGACAUAUAAACCAGAAAUUGAACUUCAAAAUUUUGGUUUAGAACGAGACGAAAUUUUGGAAUGUCUGGCUGAGGGGUUGAAGGAAUACCAACCUCAGAAAAACGAUUUCGAAUCCGGAGCCACCUACGAGCAAGUGGUCGAGGCGAUCAACCAAGGCUUGCAGAAUUUCGACCCUCCCCGCGUGGAGCCGGACGUUUCUUCGAUUCGUGAUGACCUCGUAAACGCCGCUUUAUCCCGUGAAGAUGUCAUGAACGCUGUUAGAGAAGGGUUCGAAAGCCAUGAACCAGCCCAGAAAGAACCGGAAAUCAGCCGCGACGAAGUGUUUGAGGCUGUUAGGGCUGGCUUCCAUGAUGCUUCUAAUUCGCUCGGUGAUACUUUUGGCGGGCAAGUAGUGGAACACUUUCAUGGAGUGGUCGCUGAAAUGAGAGAUGAAUUUAAAGAAUAUUCGGCAGCAAGCGGCAGGGAUACAGAGCAGGUUCUUGACGCAAUCAAGGAUGGGCUGGAAGCAUUGCGGGGAGAAAUAGAGUCAUAUGUUGACCGGGCGGCUGAUGUUACAGGCAAAGACGAGAUAAUCGACACGAAAGAGUUUGAACAUCUGCGUCAAACGCUGAGCAACCUACUCAUCCGGAGUAACGUCUCGAACGACAAGGAUGAGAUUCUCGAUGCGAUCCGCGACAUCACUGAAAGCGACGGCUUUAAAAAUGGCAACUCUGAAGUCUCAGAAAUGCUCAAAGAAGAGUUUGGACAUUUACGCGAGACCUUGAGUAUGGCCAUUGUGAAGUCCAAUCCAACAACUGAGAAAGAAGAAAUCAUAUCAGCGCUCAGGGAAAGUUUCGAAGCGCUUCUUGAUGAAUAUAGUCGCAAGCGAGACAAUGAAAGUGUUCUCUCAAACACCAGUGAACUUCUCGACGCGUUCCAUGAUGGUGUUGACGCUCUCCGUUCCGAUAUGGACAAGAUCCUGAACAAAGCGCCGGAUACAAAUGUGAAUGAUGAACUACUGCAUACACUUAAGGAGGGCCUCGCGAGCGUCAAGGCUGAGAUUGAGCAGCUCCGUGAUUUCCAGAGAGAAGCCGACGAGUCGCAUGCUACACGUGGCAAAGAAUUGAUGCUAGCGAACGAAUCAUCCAUUGGAGCAGAUAUCGAAAGCUUGAAGGUUCUGGUCACCCAAUUGCAAAUUAAAGUAGAAUCGAUUGAACCGGUACCUGAAAUUCCCGAAAUCGACCCAAACAUCGCCAAAAAGGAGGAUCUGGAGGAAAUGCUAGACGCAAUCAAAGCAAUGCAAGGCCUGGUUUCCGAGAUCGGCUCUCGAGAGAAUCCAAUGGAAGGUACAGCAAUGAAAGAAGAUGUUGAAGCAGUCGGCUUGCUCGUCGAUAACAUCAAAGCACGCCUCGAUGAGCUAUCCGCUUCGACCAACGCUAGCUUUGUCACCGCUGAACGAGUGGAGGGUUUAGAAGUACUGACUAAGGAGAUGAAGGACCUUAUCAGUGGCUUUGUUGCUCAUGUGGAAACAGAGGCGCCAACCAAAGGUGAUGUUUCGAACCUCGAGACCGUCCUUAAAGAUGUCUGGGCAGCAGUUGAAGAUCUUAAAACCACAGUAUCCAAAGACCCCGAAGACGAUCCAGAAAAAAUAGUGAAGGAGGACUUCCGGAAUGUCGAAGGUUUGCUUUUCGAGAUCAAAUCUCAACUCGAUGAAUUUGUCCUUCCCGACGUUCAAACUCUACCUACCAAGGAUGAUUUUGGGCUGCUCACGACCUUGGUCAACGAGUUCAAAGAAAAAAUGGAAACGGAGAACGAACUUACGGCCCAAGCUUUCGAGGCUCGGAAGAUAGAACACGGCGGUCUUGCGGAGAAGAUAGAAGAUGCCAAAGCGUUGAUAAGUGGUCUCCGGGACGAAAUCAAGGAAAAACUCAUGGAAAGCGAUGAAGGCCUGAAUGACCUCAAAACUAUGGUCUUGAGCUUCAAUGAUGCUGCAGAAAAUCUAGCAAAGGCAGAGAGUAUAAAGGAACUUUCUGACCUGGUAAGUCGCGAAUUCGAACGCUCUCACGGCGACCGCGAAGCUGCCAAGAUGGAGAAAGAGGAGAAGCAUUCCGAGGUCCUGGCGAAGCAAGAAGAAGGCAAGGAUGCUAUUCUGUCGGAAUUGGGCGCCAGAGUAGACGAGAAAUUCAACGAGAUCAUCUCGAAGUAUGAAAGCGCCCAGAUCACUUUAGAGUCUAAGUUUACUGCGGCCGAAGAGAGGGAUGUACAGUCCUUAGAAACAAUGACCAGCACAAAGAGCCUUGCAGAGGAUAUCAAAAUGGUAAUCGGCGGUAUGGGUGAGAAUCUGGCAGAAGCCUGCGAUAGGAUGAGCGAUGACGCGAAAACGUUUUUCGAACGGGUCGACCAGUCAUUUGUAAAGGUGGAUGAGAUGCAUGCUGACGUUAAGACACAGCAUGACGACAUGAAGAGCCAAUUUGAGAAGGCUCUAGCAGCAACAGACCGGUUGGAACGUCACAUUGCGGAUUCGCAUCCCGAAAUCCUCAGCUCUGUCAAGGAAAUUUUAGCAAUCGUUGGCCAACAUUACGAACAUUCGCGUAAGAUGACGGAGGAGCUCAAAACUGACCUCACUGCGCUUCCACUGGCAAUCCCACCGCUUCUUCCUCAGCUGGCAUUGCCUGCUCCCGAAGAACCCAAAGAGGAACCGGUGUACGAGAAGUAUGACGAUUCUGGAGUACAUGAGAAAUUGGACAGCAUUCUGAGCAAAGAGCUACCAGUGUAUGAAAAGUAUGACGACUCCAAGGUGCACGAGAAGUUGGACAAUAUUCUCAGCAAAGAACUGCCGGAAUACGAAAAGUACGACGAUACUCAGUUACAUGAAAAACUGGACGCGCUCUUGCUUAAAGAAAUACCCGAGCCCGAGAAGUACGAUGACUUUCAGGUACAAGAAAAGUUGGAUGCGCUCCUGCUUAAAGAAACCCCUGAACCAGAAAAAUAUGACGAUUCUCAAACGCAAGAGAAGCUGGAUACAUUGUUGAAAGAGACCAGCGCAACCAAUGAAUCCAUUUCCCGGAUCGACAAACUUGAUGAAAUCCACGAGAGACUUGCGAGUAUGGCAAAGGAAGUCAGUGAGCUAAUGGCUACCCAGACUAAGAUAGUGACAGAGGACCACGACAAUAAGCAGAAAGAGGCGAUGGAAACGGCCAUUGCCCUGGAAAAGAGACUGGCUCAGAAAGAAAAGGUUGAAGCAGAAGUGGUCGCGUUAAAUGAAGAAAAGGAGAGGCUGCUUGAAUCGGUUCGCUCGCUGAGGGGAGAUAAUGACGACCUUUCGAAGCAACACGUCAAACUAUCCAAAGAAGUCGCAGGGUUGGAGACGGCGUUACGUAUCCGCCGCGAGGAAGUACAGCUCAUGGAGAGUCGAGCCGAAGACCUUGAACGUCGAAUCGUCGAAGGGGUUUUAGACCACGCACGCAGCCAGCUUCUUAGUCGAUCUCCUGCCGGGGACGGUGUCGGUCCGAAGCGCGUUCCGAGCUCCGCUAGCACUGUAACCCGGAAGAGCGUCACUAGUACUACUAAAGAUAGUGGCAUUCUCGGGAAUGGUGUCAACGUGGCCUUGAAAAGACGGACCGCGAUGAGGUCAAACAUGUCGUCCACCCAGUCCUCAAAUCCUGGAAAUUCAAGACGAAUACUAAGUCUUAGCCAUGUCACGGGCAAUCGUGGGGUGAAGGACCGGCAGUCCCCAGUCCGUCAAAUCCAACUUCGCUUUCCGGAAGGCGUCGUGGGAUACUCGAAGCCUGAUGGAAAACAAAGAAAACGAGAUUGUGAAGGAGGAAGAUGA